AUGACGAUCUCACCCUCUCCCUCCGCGCCGCUCGUGGCGGUCGUUGGCGCGACAGGCCUGCAAGGCGGCUCUCUUGUCGCUGCAUUGGCCGGGUCCUCCAAGCCAUAUCGUGUGCGCGGGUUCACCCGGGAUGCGAGCAAGCCUGCCGCGGAGGCGCUGAAAGCCAGGGGGGUCGAGGUCGUCGCGGCCAAUUUUGUGCUGGGCAACGAGGCAGCGGCGCGCAGCGCGUUUGAGGGGGCGGACUAUGCGUUUUUGGUGACCAAUUUUUGGGAGCAUUUCGACCUCGAUCGGGAGAUCGCGGAGGGCCGGCUGCUCAUCGAUGCCGCCAGAGCAGCGCCGUCGAUGCGCGGCAUAAUCUGGUCCGGCCUCCUGUCGCCCCGAGAGGUCAGCAACGGCAAAUACACGUCGAUGCUCCACUACGAAGGCAAGGCCACGAUAACCAAGUACGGGCUCGCUGUUACCGCGGGGACGCCCGUGGGGUUCGUGGUCGUCCCGGCCGCAUUCUACAUGGCGAACUUUCUCGCGACGGUCGAUGCGCUGCGCAUGGUGCGUCCCGUGGCCGGGAAGCCAGGCGAGUUCAGGAUCGAGUGGGACAUGAAGAAGGACAGGAAGAUGGAGUUGAUAGACGUGGAGAAGGAUUACGGGGAGUUCGUAGUGAGACGGGUCAUCGAGCCGGAGGUAUUCCCCCACGGGCAGGAGGUCAACACCCGCGGGGAAGCCUUGACUCCAGAAGAAAUCGCGAAAGCGAUAUCACAGGGGACGGGCAAGAACGUCGUUUAUAACGAAAUCACCCCCGAGGAAUGGAAACGACGACUUCUAGAAGGAGGUGUCCCAGAGCUGCUCGCGGAAGACACCAUCCAGACCUUCGCGUAUUUCAGCGAAUUCGGAGUUUAUGCACACAAGUCGCUCGCAAGCGCCGAAGGAAUUCGGCUGCACACGUUUGCGGAGUUUGUGCAGCGGUCAAAUUGGGACGAGGUUUUUGCUUGA